ACCUUUUCGCCACUUUUUAUUCCAUAUUGGUGCUAAUUAAAUACCCAUCUGGUUUUUUCUUUUUUCUUUACCAAAGAGCAAAUCGCGGUACCUUUUGAUGUGGCUUCUUAAUUUGUUGAUAUAAAGUUUCGUCAUUUAUUUAAUUUCGCUUGUUCCCCGGGGGGGGUGUGUGUUUGUUUUUGGAGAUUGUGAUUAGUUUCAAGAGAAAGUUCCCUUCUGCAUGAUACACCAGCUUUACUCCCCAGGGUUUUUUCUUUUUUGCCUCACCGAAAUCUCAUGACUAUUCUAAUCCUAGAACAUGAAAGUUUUUUUGCCCGGUGCUAAUUUUGUCAUUGCUACCUAGCUUCCUGAGUUUUCUGCCUGCAUAAUUCUUGUCCACAGUUUGUACUUUUUGUUGAGAAUCGAGUGCUCAUUCAUUAUAUUUUACAAAGAAAAAUGCCUGCUACUUGGCUUUGAAAAUUUCUCCAAUGAAGACUCGGCACUCAUUUCAAGCAGAUUCCUUAUGCAAUUCAACUUAUGCAGCCCCUUCAAAUCCCAUGGGAGAUGAAAGUAGGAUGGCUGUAGGAGUGAGGAGUAGGUUUACUCGAGCUCGCCCUUCUUCACUCUUGAUAGCAGUGGCUAUGAGGAUAUCAAGAGCAAGGUGGUUCUCCUUCCUGAGAAGAGUUUUUCAUUAUCAGAAUGGGUCCAGAUCUGAUCUUGGGUCCAAUCCUUUCAACUCUAGCACUUGGAUGAUGCUGGAGUUCUUGGCUUUGGCUAUUCAAAUAACCAUCAUAACCUUCACUUUGGCCAUAUCACAGAGGGAGAGGCCUGUUUGGCCUAUGAGGCUUUGUAUUGUUGGAAAUGACAACGGUUGUGUUCUCAAUCUUCUGUUACUCUGCGGGCGUUAUCACUAUGUUCACAUGAAUUUAGGAGAUGGUUUUGGCCUUUCAGAUCUGGAACAACAAAGGAGAAAUGAAGAAUCCAGGAGCACGCAUUUGAUGAACAAAUGUCGGACUUCACUUGAGCUGUUUUUUGCAAUAUGGUUUGUGAUGGGAAAUGUUUGGGUGUUUGAUUCCUGGUUUGGAUCAUUCCACCAUACUCCAAAUCUCCAUAUUCUCUGCAUCUCUUUGCUAGCCUGGAAUGCUCUCAGCUACUCAUUCCCAUUCCUGUUGUUUCUAUUUCUAUGCUGUCUUGUGCCACUGAUCAGCAGCCUACUUGGGUACAACAUGAACAUGGCGUCAACUGAGAAAGGAGCAUUUGAUGAUCAAAUUUCCCAGUUACCUAGCUGGAUAUAUAAAGCAGUCAAUAACGAUGUAGAUGUUGGCAAUGAAGUAGACUGCAUUCCAACCCAUGAAAUUGAUGAUGAUCUGUAUGGAGUCAAGGAGGAGGUGAGGCAGCUGCCAUGUUGUCAUAUAUUUCACCUCAAGCGUGUGGAUCAGUGGCUCAGACUCAUCUCUAGUUGUCCUGAGUAAACAAGAACUGAACAGGUAGAAAAAGAAAGCAAAAUAUGAACAAGUAGUGAUUCUUCACCAUUUUUUCUCUCCGAGUUUCUUCCUUUGGUUUGUAUAUUUUGCGAGGUUACUCUAUGUGAGUGAGUUUUUGUAUGUAUUUACAAUGUUGCUCACCACUCCAGUAACCAGAAGGAAAAGCAAAACAGAACACUAUACAUAAACACGAGUAUAGAUUGUAGGAAUCUGUAUAGCUGAAGAAAGAUACAGAUACUGA